AUGACCAAUCCGGCACAGAAGAUCGGCGAACAGCUUGUCGAACACUGCCGAAAAGGAGACGCCGCAUGGUGUCUCGACAAUCUCUAUGCGAACGACGCCGUAUCGGUCGAGGCGGCGGCCAACCCCGAAGGCGGCUCGGCGGUAACCGAGGGGCUGGACGGCAUAAGGGGCAAGCACGCCUGGUGGGAUGCCAAUUUCGAGGUGCAUUCGGCCCAUGUGGACGGCCCCUUUCCGCAUGGCGAGGACCGGUUCGGCGUGAUCUUCGAGAUGGACACGACCGACAAGAACAGCGGCCAGCGCAGCCAGAUGAAGGAACUGGCGGUCUACCAUGUCGCCGACGGCAAGAUCGUGCGCGAAGAGUUCUUCUAUCCAACCGGCGCUUGA